AUGAAUAAUUCAAAUUAAGGAGAGACUGCUAUGUCUCGUUUUGAUUUAUGUAACAAUAAAUUUAAGAUUUUAGUUAUAUAAGCAUUUAAGUAAUGGAUGUUAACCAUUAUCAACGAAGCUUCAAUAGGUCUUUAUUAAAUUUAAUGCCAUUUGAAGGAUUCAAUAUUAUAUUUUCGAAAAGUAAAAGAGGAGGAAGAGAAAUUAAUAAAGAAAUUAUCAAUAGUCAACACAUAAUAAUAAAAUACAAUAGUAGAAUUAAAAGAAAUAGGAAAUUUGAAUAGAGAAUGGGCACCUAAGAUGUAGAAACUUCUUGAUUAAUUAUAAUAAAAGAAUGAUAAAAAGUGAU